UGUGGAUGGCGAGGAGGAUGCAGAUAGACUGUGGCUUUUAGCCUUUACUAGCACUGACGCUCCAGUGAGGCCGCCACCAUCGUGGAAGAGAAACAAAGAGACAGACCACGCUGUCAGGCUAGCUGGCUAACCUCAGACCCUCAGCCUGCUGCGUGACAGACCACCACAAACCCAGCCCUCCACGUCCACCCGCUUCCACCACCCGGGCUCCGUUAGGUGGGCCCCCUCUCAUCUCCAGCCCUGGUCGGUGGGAAUUGACUAUAGUGAGGGCUCCACAUCGUUCUGGCUUCCCUGUCAUGGCAUCCAACAGCAUCUUUGACUCCUUCUCCAACUACAGCAGCAGUCUACUAAGAGAGCCGCCCACCACCAGACGGUUCACGCCGCCCUCCACGUCCUUCCCCUGCAGUAAGAUUGGAGACGGCAACGGGGCCAUGGCCACCCCGGGGCCCCUCAGGUCUAGACCGGACACCAGGAACGUGGUGGACGUCCUGGCGGACCACGCCGGCGAGCUGGUGCGGACCGACAGCCCCAACUUCCUCUGCUCCGUCCUGCCGUCUCACUGGAGGUGCAACAAGACGCUCCCCGUGGCUUUCAAGGUCGUGGCUCUCGGUGAUGUUCCCGACGGGACUCUGGUCACCGUGAUGGCCGGGAACGAUGAGAACUACUCGGCCGAGCUGAGGAACGCCUCCGCCGUCAUGAAGAACCAGGUGGCCCGCUUCAACGACCUGCGCUUCGUGGGCAGGAGCGGACGAGGGAAGAGCUUCACUCUCACCAUCACUGUGUUCACCGGACCCCCACAAGUGGCCACCUACCACCGCGCCAUCAAAGUCACCGUGGAUGGACCACGGGAGCCACGCAGGCAUAGAGUGAAGAUAGAAGACCCCCAGAAGAUGCAGUUCUCUGACAGGCUCUCGGAGAUUGAGCGCUACCAGCGGACUAUGCGGAUAGGCCCAGUGAACAAUAAUCCUCGUCCCAUCCACCAAACCCACCUCAGCACCACACAAGGUCUAUGGCCAGAGCAAAUGGACACCCCCACUCUCAAGACCUGCAAGGUGGAAGAGGACCUGCGACCAUGGCCAGGGACUACAGAUCUGUUCCCGCAGAGGACCACCUUCCCGUCUCUGUCCCCGCUGACAGACCCUCGCUUCUCAGACCCCCGGAUGCACUACCCUGGGGCCUUCCCCUACUCCACCAACACCUCCAGCACUGGCAUCAGCGGCCUCAGCAUGUCAGCCUCCUCUAGAUACCACACCUACCUGCCGCCGCCCUACUCAAACAACCAGUCCCAAAACUUCCAGUCCAACUCUUACCUGUAUUACGGCACAGGCUCUGGAUCCUACCAGUUCUCCAUGGUGGCACCAGGGAACACCGGGGGCGAGCGUUCCCCAACCCGCCUGCUGUCCUGCUCGGGGGCCACGGGCACCGGAGGGACCAACAGCCUGAUGAAUCCGGGCCUGAACACCCAGAGCGAUGGCGUGGAGGCCGACGGCAGCCACAGCAAUUCCCCCACGGCCAUAGGUGCUUCGGGCCGCUUGGAUGAGUCCGUCUGGAGGCCUUACUGACUGACAGACAGCUAGACAAUCAGAAGGUGCAGGAGAGAGGCAGGAAAAGCAAAGAGGAUGAUGAACAAAAAAAAAAGCUGAACACUGAAAGAAAAGAAAAAACAAACAAAAAAAAGAGAAAUGCUGCAUGUUUGUCUUUUAUUUUUCUGGCACUCGCUUCAAAGACUUUCUGCUUUUGCCGACUCUCAAGACUUCCACGUAUUUUGUAAAUUUUUGAGUGAACUCCUGCACUGUACCGAAACAUGUACGCUUAAAGAACUACAAAAGCCAUAAGAGUUGAGAUAAUGAUCAGCAGAGACUGUAAAUAGAAGUGAGGGUUAAAAAAAAGAGAAGUCAUAGUAAUGUUUCAGGAUCACUUGUCUGGUAUAAACACGUACUCAUCAAAGACAAACGAACAAAAGACAACGCAGGUAUGAUCAAUCGGUACAGCUGAUGAACUGAAAAACCACAGCAGACAUUCAUCAAACAGACUGUUCAGACUAAUCCAACUUACUCUGUAAGUGGAGAGGAGACGUCAGGCUGGAUGAGUGACGCCGACAUCGAGAGGCAUGGCUGCACUGCUGUAGCAAUCGGUCCUUUUAAGCUUUAAUUUCUGGAAAAAAAAAUCUGAACAUUGCAAAAAAUAUUGUUGUGAAAACAUCAUCAGUUGCAUCCAGGGCUGUUUCACAUGCUCACAAUACUUAUGCAGUACCUUAUUGCCUAAUUUAUUAUCCAAAAUGGACACAUUAGCCUUUGGUGCUACAGUAUGCGGUGGAUGUUGCAACACCGCAUCAUCGAGGGAAAAGCAUUUUAUCUGUCACAUGUUUAAGAAAUGAAUUCUCCUCUGCUGUGUCAUCGGUGUAUCGCGUUUCGACGGGACAAUGGCUGAUAUUUUGAGGAAUGUAAGACAAAAGCAGAGGGGGGGUUUAUUGGUUUUGUUUUCUGCAGGAAUGUUGGAAUCCUGUUGUGUCUACUCUUUACUUUUUCCUUCAAUUUCUUAUUCAAGCCCUUUUCUAAAGAAAAAAAAAGUCCUAGUCUCGUAUUUUUGAACUGGAUGACACGGUUUACUUUUGAUAUUUAUUUGAGCCAAAUUUUGAGGAAAUGUAUGCAUAUACCCCGAAUCCUUAAGCAUUUCUCUCUGCCUUUCCUUUUUUUAUAUAAAUAUAUAUACAGUAUAUAUACCAUGUUUUGUUGUUAAGUAUAAAUUUGGAAUUUGUGUAAUAUAUUGCUACUAAAUUAUAAAAAAACAAACCUUUAAUGUAAUUAUUUUGCCUUCCAAUGUAGCUUUGAUGCACUAAAAACCUUUAUUCCGAAUGAACCAUGCCCAGCAGACUCUGUUAUGGUAUAUCCAGAGCCGUAACCUUUUAAACUAUUUCCAAAUUGCCUUCCUGCGCUAAAAAAAAAAAAAAAAAGCCAUUUGCUUAAUUUUUUGCACUAUGUUUGAACUUUCAUUUCUCUCCUUUUUUUUGGUUAUGUAUUUACAGAUAUCUGAGUGUGUGCAGAACUAAAUAUUAAAUAUCCCUGCGCAUGUUUGCUGAACACACUUAAAAGUAUCCUGUUACCAAAGAAUUGAUUUCAUGAUUAGACACACACACACACACACACACACACACACACACACACACAUUCCUGCUCCACAGGUGUGUGUGCACAUUCCCCCGUCCUGAGGGCCUUCCCCCUGCAGUUACAUUUGUGAUCCCUAGAGGAAGAGGAGGGUGAGGAUGAAGGGAUAGAGGGAGGAGGUGGGGUCAGAGUGGUGUCUUCUUACCGACACCAAGGGCAGUUAUGCAAAAAAAACCUUCCCUUGUUGUGCACAGGUCCCUUUGUUCUGAAUAAUCAAUGAGCGCUUUGAAGCCUUUGUGGCCUUUAUCCUGUCGACUCUUUUUCUAAUUUAGCGCUCUUCAGUGCCAGGGUCUCGUUGCUCUGCAGGUAGUUCAUACGCCUGCGCACAUCAUCUCGGCGUGAGCUGCGCCAAGGUAUUUACAACAGGUGUCAGGUGUCUGAUAUUUACAAGGAAAAACUUUCACAAGAAGGAAGAUGAUUAGCAUUCAUGACUCUGAAAGAUGGCUGUUUAGUUGCUACACAAGUGAGGUUUAAUUUCAAAGUGAAAAAUGAUCCAAAGAAGCUAGCUUUUGCAGCUCAGGUAACAAACAAAAAAAAGUUAUGCAAGGUGUUUUGUUGACCAUCUGACUUAUUCCUCCUUUUGAAACAAUCACUGACAAUGUUUCAUUCCUAUCUGCCUUUGGUUUCGAGCAAAGCGUAUUAAGUUCCCUUGCUCACGCCUCUGAAACCUGUAUAUGGUUGAAACCUAACUUUAUUAUGGGCAAAAAAUCAUGCAGCUAGAGAAACCACAUGUUCAGAUAUUUAUGUGGUUCCUUCAAAGAAAAAACCAAAGAUCUUCACAACUGCCUGUAAUACUGUUUGGACAUUAAUGAUGGGUAAAGAUCAAUCGUGUUUUGAUUCUUUAAUAUCAUAAAUUAUGCAAAACUAGGAAGCCAAAAUGUACAAGCAAAUUGUAUUUUAUUGUGUAUUUGAUGAAAGAGCACGUUACAUUUCAUUUUGUUUCUUUUUAAAAGAAUCCCUUUCUCAUUUUCAUAUAGCAAAAUGUUAAUUCAUCUUGCUGUCUUCAUUUCUCUUUUAUGCUCAAAGCAUGUACAUCUGAAACUGAUAUGUUAAUUUAAAAAUCUCAUCUAUGUAUGUAAUAAUAUCAUUAAUGCUUCCAUACUGAGUGCUUGUAAAGUUUGCGGAUAAUGUAGUUUUUAAUCAUUUUAAUUAAAAAACAUGUGUCUCA